AUGUCUUUUGAAAGUGCUAGUUACAACGAUCAAUUCCAAUAUGUUCUGCUGCAGAUCCUGACACGUCUUUCAAUCUACUUAAGGCAUGUCUCCUACUGGGGAUACAAAGCUUCAGUCGAACACCCUCAAAUUGUAAGCGUGAUUAUAACUCUUUUGGGACUGUUCAUUACCUUCUUUUUGAUCAAAAAACUAGUCCAGUUGAUCAUUAAUACCACUGUAUUUGUAUUGAAAUUGUGGAUUGCAAUUGCUCUCGUUUUCUUGGUUUACAAAUUGUUCGAUAGAGGUACUCUUUUCUUCACAGAGGAUCUCAAUUAUUUUUACCAUAAUUUGGAAAUCUCUCAGAAUUGGUCUGGAUCGAUUCGUUCCAUAGACACGCUGAUCACUAAAGUUAUCAAUCAAGCAAGAUUCUUAUUGAAGCUACUGCUAUCUACCUAUUUAAAGGAUAACGAGUUCUUGACAUUCUUCAGAGACUAA